AGAUUAGGAGUCCCGGGAGGCGAAAUCCCGUCGACAACUAGGGUUUGCAAGAACGAAAAAUAAAAGAUAAAAAAUAGGCGAAAUUUCUCUGUCUUUCUUAUUGAUUUCAGCGCCUAUUUAUAAUCUAAGGACCCUAGGGUUGGUUCGACUCUACGGGCCGGGAAAGAACCAACAAAGAAAACCCGACACGGAGCUUAUAAAUUGCUCGACCCAAUUGUUCAAAAAUAAUACUAAAACAAAGAAUAAAGUCUAGAAAAUAAAUUAAAAGAUCCUAAUCUACGCAGCCUUUCAUGCACUUUAUUUGGCCACGUAAUCCCCGAGCCUCGUCGGCGCCUUGGGCCUCCGGGUCGACCUCCUCUGCUCCUUCCUCUCUCUCGGCGAUGGUCUCCCCUGCUCCACUGUCUCGUAGUUCAGAUCCGAGACCUGCUGCUCCUCCGGCUCCUCUUCCCCGCUGACGACGACGGAUGGUUCAUCGUGGUUGAGAGGGAUCUCUGCUUCACUACCCGUAUCACAUUGUUACUUAAUGUACCUAUUUCAUCAGGUGUUUGUUAAAAUGAAGAAGAGGGACGCAGAAUCCAAACAUAGGGAAGUGCUUUGGUAUGAAGGCAGAUUGGGAAUAUCUGUUUGAGAGCUUUUAACGUUGCUUGUCGGCCAGACUGGAAUCUCUAAAGGAACAAGUUUACCUGCUACAAUACAGAAGGUGCUUAUACAAGAAAGAGUAGUGACAGAUCUGCUUCUCUUCAUCUUUUAUAUGCCAACAACCUCAUCAAAGAUUCCUUCCUUCAUUUCUGUUCUUUAUAUCUAUAUACCCUACCUACCAAACAAAGCUUCCUCCGAGUGUCUUUAUCCCCCUCCCUCUAGUUUUAAGUCUCUUUUCGAAGUGUGAACAUCAUAUUGCUUGGCAUUUAGCAUCCAAAACAGUCCCUAUAUUCUUUCAGUAAAUAUACAUUACAAACUAUGGUUUUGUGCUCGGGACAGUGAGGGGGUGGUUGAACAUGGCCUACAUGGAGGAUGAACAAAAUGAGGAUUAUCUUUUUAAGAUUGUCUUGAUUGGUGAUUCAGCUGUUGGUAAAUCCAACUUGCUUGCUAGAUUUGCAAGAGACGAGUUUUACCCUAAUUCAAAAUCUACUAUCGGAGUAGAGUUCCAGACGCAAAAGAUGAACAUCAGUGGUAAGGAAGUUAAGGCUCAGAUCUGGGACACAGCUGGGCAGGAGCGGUUUCGGGCUGUAACAUCUGCAUAUUAUAGAGGUGCAGUCGGAGCCCUCGUGGUAUAUGACAUCAGCAGACGCCAGACUUUUGAAAGUGUCACCAGAUGGCUUAACGAACUCCACACUCACUCGGACAUGGAUGUGGUGACGAUACUAGUGGGAAAUAAGUCGGAUAUUAAAGAUGCACGAGUGGUGACAACUGGCGAAGGCAAGGCCUUGGCGGAGGCACAUGGUCUGUUCUUCAUAGAAACAUCAGCGCUAGCUUCGUCGAAUGUGGCUGCUGCGUUCGAGACGGUUGUGAGAGAAAUAUUUAGCAUUUUAAGUAGGAAAGUGAUGCAAUCUCAGGACCUGAAGCUUAAAGGCAGCGGUUGGUUGGCAAAUGGGAAAACUGUAGUUUUACAAAGUGAUGAAAAGCAGGAAGCAGGAACUAAAACAGGUUGGUGUUGUUCACAAUGAUUUUCAAAUUGCAUUUAAAUUUCCAGAUUCGAAUUCUGAUCAUUUUACUCCAACUCAAAAGCAUAGGCCCUCUUCUUUAUAGUAAUUGUGUAAAUGAAUUGGAUGGCUUAAGAUACUUCAAUUUUUUGGUUGACUGUCACAAAGCCCCUUCUCUAAUUGUACUAUUAAUAUUGUGAAAA